AUGUAUAAGGAUAAGUCUGGCCGGCGUGGCUUACACAACAAAAAGCCUGUUUGCAAAGCUGAUGGCGGGGAAGAUGCCGGCAGCGGGCGACUGUGCAGGAUCAACCAGGGGAAUCGUGGCAAGUCCAGACUGGCAUCAAACGUGGCGUCUUGCGAGGAAGAAUUAAAAGAAAAGUUCGCCGGUCAUAAGUGUCUGUGCUUCGGAAUGGCAUACCCGGUGAUGAAAGCCAACCCGUGA